CCUCUUCCUCUGACUGUAAACUGAACGUAAACUUCCCGACAAUCACUGUGAGACAGCCGACCUCAGACACCGCCAGCAGCAAGGGGACCCCACCUGCCCGACCGCCUGCUCGCCUGCGCUCCUGUCCCCCACUGACACUGUUAAAGUUAAAGGGUCUUCAGCCAGGACCAUGCCACCGAAGAGACGAGCUGCUUCUGCUGCCAAAGCAGGCGGCAAGAAGGCGAAAGAAGAGCAGCCGGCAAAGCCCAAAGACGCCUUCACCUCUACUAAAGAGGCUCUCCUGGCUGCAGGGUCACAGGUGAAGGGGAAGAAGAAGGUGGAUGAGCAAUGCAAGUUGUUAGGUUCUAGAGAGGUGUAUGAGGACUAUGCCUGCAUGCUCAAUCAGACAAACAUUGGACAUAACAACAACAAGUUUUAUAUAAUUCAAGUUGUCCAGGCAGACGACGGUUACUACUCGUGGAACAGAUGGGGCAGAGUGGGGGAAUCUGGCCAAAACAAACUUAGCAAGAUGGAUAAGCUUGAAAGUGCCAUCAAGGACUUUGAGAAAAAGUUCAAGGACAAGACAAAGAACAACUGGAGCGAUCGGUCCAACUUCGUGUCUCACGCUGGGAAGUACACACUGAUCGAGGUGGAUGGGGAGGAGGACGCCGAGGUCAAGGUAAAUGUGGACAGUGUCGACGGAAAGGUCGUCAAAGUCACUAAUAAAGUCCUUCCCUGCACCCUGGACGCCGCCACGAAGAACCUCAUCGAGCUCAUUUUGAGCAACGACAUGUUUAAAGAGGCCAUGGAAUGUAUGAACCUAGACAUCAAGAAGAUGCCCCUGGGCAAACUCAGUAAGACACAGAUUGCAAAGGGCUUUGAAGUGCUGGAGGAGAUCGAGGCAGCAAUGAACCAAAGAGGCGGACGUGCACGUCUGGAAGAACUCUCCUCUAAGUUCUUCACCACUGUCCCGCACAACUUCGGCCGCCAAAGACCUCCAACCAUCGACAACAAAGAGAUCGUGGAGAAGAAGAAAGAGAUGCUCAUGGUGUUGGCUGACAUUGAGCUUGCACAGACUCUGAAGUCCGAGACGGAAAAAGCUCAGGAAGAGAUGAUAGAAACAGUUCCUCACCCUGCAGACCAGGACUACAAUUCUCUUCACUGCAGCCUCACUCUUGUGGACACAGGUUCAGACAUAUAUAAGAUCAUUGAAAAAUAUCUGAAAAUGACGUCAGAGGGCUCGUAUUGUAAACCCAAAAUCCUCAAUGUUUUCGAGGUUGAUCGAGAGACAGAGGGAACACGGUUUAGUGAGAAUGACAAUCUGGAGAACCGCCGUCUGCUGUGGCAUGGUACAAACAUUGCAGUGGUGGCAGCCAUCCUGAAGAGCGGUCUGAGGAUAAUGCCCCAUUCAGGAGGCCGCGUUGGUCGCGGUAUCUAUUUCGCAUCUGAAAACAGCAAGUCUGCAGGUUAUGUGAGCACCUCUAAAAAUACUGGAGUGAUGUUUCUGAGCGAGGUCGCGCUCGGCAAAGAGAAGACCAUCACCAAAGACGACAGUUCCUUGAAGAAGGCUCCUGCAGGAUUUGAUUGUGUGGUGGCAAGAGGAAGCGUGGAACCAGAUCCAUCCAAAGACAUCUUCAUCACCCUGGAUGGCAAGCAAGUUGCUGUGCCUCAGGGUAAACCCAUCAAGCAGCCCCAGUUCUCAGAUAGCCACUUUAGCAACAGUGAAUAUCUCAUCUACAAAGAAAGCCAGUGUCGCAUUCGCUACCUGCUGGAGCUGAAAAUGAAUUAAUACUGCUUAGCCUCUUUAGAAAGAGAAAAUUUCCUCUAUACUGUAUACGGGGCUUCCUUAAAGGCUUUGCUGUGCUUUUUCUUAAGAUGAUAUGGAUAUUGUCUUUAUAACAGUCAUUGUGCAGAUAUACCUUCCAUGAUGCCUAAAUGACUCACACUUCUCUGUGCCUUAUAUUUUGCCCACUGAAAAAAUGGCCUGAGUGUGAUAGAUUGCACUUCUGUUAUAACAAAACAAUAAUUUACUCUGUACAAUGAAAAACUCUUCUUUUUCACUUCUUACUUGAUCUUGAUUUUUUAAUGUUCAAAAGGCCACUGGAUAUUUGUUUGAAUUCCUUUGCUGCACCUUUUUUUAAUUUGGCACUGAGUACUUUACCUUUUACAUUUUGCUUCAUUUAAUCCAAAUGAUAAUGCUAUUAUUCACCUGUCCCUAAGAAAGAAAAUAUAUUUGAAAUGAAGGAGGAAUUUUCUGCAUCCUUUUGCAGUUGAAUAGGCAUUUUGAAUGUUGCUAUAUAGUAAAACAGAAAUAAAAAUGAUACUCUAUGCAGAGAUAUGUUUACAGGCAAAGGUAAAGUGCAAUUUGUGGCUAAUGUUCAAGCAUUGGCAUACAUCUAAUAUCCUCAUUUAGCUGUUAAGAAAGACACUAAAAGUGCUUCUGCAAUGCAAAGUAAUGUAACGUGUAAGUUAUGAACAGCCCGGUAGGUCUUCUAGCAUCAGUACAAAUGUCAUGACACCAUGUGGUGUCAGUAAUAAGCGACUCCCUUUGUAAUGUAAUUGCCUCAGCAUUUUUGCACUAGAUAUUACUUGAAUCAAAUGUAAAUUGGUGAAUAAACUAAAGUGGCUCUCCUA